GAUUUUGAAAAAGCCGCUCGAAUAAAUGAUUGGGAUAAUAAUCGAAAAGUCACUAUGCUAAAAGCUCAUUUACGAGAUAACGCAGAGGAAUGGUCCAAAAUGCCAGUUGCUGAUCAAAUGCGUUAUUUUGUGAAAGGUUUACGACCAGAGCUCACACCAAUAAUUAUGAUGAACGAUUUUACUGAUGUCGCAACUGCAAACACUCCAGUUAAAUUUGCUGAAGUAACAAAUAAUAAUGACCUCAAUAGUGAUGAGGAAGAGUUAUUGAAUCAACUUCUGGAAGCUUAUCUCGGUAAACACGAACGAGAUGAGGACAGUUCUGAUGAGGAUACUAAAAAGCCUCGAACUG